UGUCGUCACUCCAAGUACUUUGACGAAGGGGGCAGGAAUGGCGGCUAUGAUUACUAAAGGAAGGAGCCCAAAGAUUCUGAAACUUUACUAAUAAAGGCGCCGUGGAAGACGCGGAUUGCGGCGAAGCGCUGGAUCUCCUCCCCGGAGCUGAUUCCGGAGAAAGCAGAGCUUUCAGGUCGGAUUCAUGAGGUUCGUGUCCAGAUCGAGACGCCGGACAGCUAGUUAGUUAGCCUGCCGUCAGUGACUUUGAUUGGAGGUUAGCUCCCCGCUUUACUAGCCAGCUGUUGGCCACUUUGCCAGGCUGCCCAACAACUUAACCAACUGUGUGGAGCCGCUCGUGGGUGGACGGGUCCGGUGGAAGUCGGCACCGCUCGCCCGCAGACGGUCGCGGACAGCGGGGGGAGUUCUCGCGCGGUGUUCGGGCUCCCCGUUAGCUCGGAAAGAACGCUAGCGGAGUUGGGAUCCCGCUGAAGUGUCUGUCGCCCAUUCUCGGAUCCUGCCCCUACCAUUGGCUAAGGGCUAUCGCCGCCGCCGUCCGGGUCUGCUCGGCUCUACGAUGGAAAGCCUCACGCUGAGCGAUGUCGAGCAGAAGUACUACUCGGAGCUGUUCGUGUACUGCGACACGGACAACACCAAAAAAGUGGCCUCCAACGGAAGAGUUCUUGACCUUUUCCGGGCGGCCCAGCUACCCAGCGAAGUUGUCUUGCAGAUCACAGAGCUGUGCGGAGCCACUCGCCUGGGUCACUUUGGGCGGAGCCAGUUCUACAUCGCCUUGAAGCUCAUCGCCAUCGCCCAGGCGGGGCUGCCCCUCAGGGUGGAGAGCCUGAACUCGGUCAAGGAUCUGCCGCUGCCCAGGUUCAUCGUGGGGAAGAACGAGGCAGAAGCGAGACACGCCGCUCUGUACCAGGAUGCAGACAGUCAGGGAGUGUACCCACCCCCCGGUGUGGCAGUGAUACCCAGACCACCAGGCAGGGGUCUCCAGAACAAGAAAGGUCCUCCGUCGACCGCUGCACACCCCGUCCAUGAAGUCAUCCAGCCCCUCGCUCCCAGCAUAGAAACACAGCCUGAACCCACCUCGCCGGUGGUCUCACCUCACCAGUCCCCCCCCACCUCCCCUCAUUCCUGGAGGAAGCACAAGCGGCAACCCAGCGGAGGAAACCCAGACAGACCGGCAGCCGUGGCUGCGCCUGGAGUUGCGUGGACACAGUUCAGAGAGCCACAAACAGGUCCAGCUGGCGCCGACGGCAUGUGGCCGUCCCGCUCGCCGCCUCCUGCAGGUCAGGAAAGCUGGGUCAGCUUCACGGCAGACACCCCGCCCUCCAGCACCCUUCCGGCAGGGCACCCCUCAUCCGUUCAGGAAAGCACAACAGUACGGACCGUGACCUCGACGGCACUCGCCAACGAGAUCCAGCGGCAGUCCAGCGGCUACGACGACCCCUGGAAGAUCACGGACGAGCAGCGGCAGUAUUACAUCAACCAGUUCAAAACCAUUCAGCCCGACCUCACCGGCUUCAUUCCAGGCUCAGCCGCUAAAGAGUUCUUCACCAAAUCAAAGUUACCCAUCUUAGAGCUGUCGCACAUCUGGGAGCUGUCGGACUUUGACAAAGACGGAGCGCUGACGCUGGACGAGUUCUGCGCCGCCUUCCACCUGGUGGUGGCCAGAAAGAACGGAUAUGACCUUCCAGAGAAGCUUCCAGAGAGCCUGAUGCCAAAGCUGAUCGACCUGGACGACUCAGCAGAAGUCCCGGAGCCGACUCCAGAUGUUGGCUACUCGGCAUCACCUGUAGAGGGCACCCCCAACAAGUCCCCCUCCAUGCCGUCUCUCAACCAGGCGUGGCCCGAGAUGAACCAGAGCAACGAGCAGUGGGAGACGUUUAGCGAGCGCUCCUCCAGCUCUCAAACUCUGACCCAAUUUGACUCUAACAUUGCACCAGCUGACCCUGACACGGCCAUCGUUCACCCCGUUCCCAUCCGGAUGACGCCCAGUAAAAUCCACAUGCAGGAGAUGGAGCUGAAGCGGACCGGCAGCGACCACAACCACCCCGCCAGUCCUCUGCUGGCGAAGCCCCCAGAACUGUCCGAAGAAGCCAAGCUGCCUGCUUCCAUGAAGUUUGCUGCCGCCAACGCCGUGGGUGACGGCUACAGCAGCUCAGACUCCUUCACCUCAGACCCGGAGCCCAUCACCCGACAAAGGUCCCAGUCGGGAACGUCUCCAGAGACUCUGAAGGUGGUAGCCCCGCCCCCUCCCCCUCCCCGCCCCCACCCUUCUCACUCCCGCUCCUCGUCUCUGGACAUGAAUCGCACUUUCGCCGCCUCCACUGCUGCGGGAGCGGUGCAGCCGUCGGCGAUCGCGUUCCCCCCCGCAGUGCCUCCUCGCCCCCUCCCCACACAGACGUCGGUGCCCGUCACCGGGCUUCGGGUGGAGACCGAGGCCGGCCCGGCAAGGGGAGCGGCGCUCGCCACCACCACCUCCCCCCAGCAGAUCCCACAGCAGCCCAACUUCGCAGACUUCAGCCAGUUUCAGGCCUUCGCCGCUUCCGAGCAACCGUCCAGCCUGCCAGAGGUGGACAAGCACAGCGAGGAAGCACAGGUGGAGAAGACGGCGGAGGGCGCUGCGCCUUUAAGAACUGUGAAGAGCGACGGUCCUGCAGAUGACAGGAGCUCGGCGGCGGUGAACUCUGCUAAGGGCUCCUCAGGCCCGCUGGCUCCUCCCCCAAAGCCGGUCCGUAGAAGGUUGAAGUCGGAGGAUGAGCUGCGGCCUGAAGACGAGCAGCACGGGCUGCAGAAGUCCAACAUCAUGGCGGCUGUCCUCGCCACACAGCCGUCCAUCCCCAGGUCGGCCGGAAAAGACAAGAAGUCGAUCCAGGCGUCCAUCCGGAGGAACAAGGAGACGAACACGGUUUUGGCGAGGCUGAACAGCGAGCUGCAGCAGCAGCUGAAGGACCUGCUGGAGGAGAGGAUUUCCUUGGAGGUGCAGCUGGAGCAGCUCAGGCCCUUCUCGCACCUCUAACCCCCCCACUGUGGCCACGCGGCUCUCCUCCAAUCAGAUGUGGAUGACGGAUGGGAGAAAGGGGGGGCGGUUGACUCGGCACUUUCCAGUUUUCUCUGGCGGUCCGGCGGUCCGGACUCUGAAGAAGGAAACAAAAGCUUGUGCGUCUGUGUGCGUGUGUGUGUGUGUGUGUGUGUUGCGUGUGUGUGUCUACACCAAACUCCGGUCAAGUGCCUGACCUUCACGAACUCCUCCACCCCCCCAAACCCGCUCCUUGAAAACGUCUUCCAGCUUCCUUAAUUCAUUUCUCCUGAUCUGGACCCAAACAGGCGUUUCUUCUUCACUCCGUUCUGAGGAACACGCCGGCUCCCCCUGGUGUCUGUCUUUGGUGUUACAGUGUUUAGGGAUUGACGGAAGCGUUUUUUGCCAAACGACCGGAUUCUUCAGUCUCACAUUUCACUCUUUGGGGGGGAAAAAAAAAGUUCUGUACAAACUUGAAGAGCCCCCGUUCUCCUCCCUGGAGCUGAUGCUGGGGGCGGAGCUUCUGCAGAAAAAAGGCGGGACUAUGCAUUUUGACAGAGGGACUCGGGCUCAGAGGUUGGCGCUCUCAUCGUAGCGGAAAAAGCUUUUUUUUGUUGUUGUUUUAUAUCUUAGAUCUUCCAUCUGCUGCGUGCUUAUGGUUCUGGUGUCGGUACAGAUCAGUAGAACUCAGUUUCAGUCAGCAGAACCCUGAACGACCCAGCCGCACUUUGACCCCACCCCCCACCUCACACAAAAGUUUAUACUCGCCUUGUUCUUUUAAAAACGCUUUAAGAUGAAGAAACGAACCAAUCAGAGCGCUUGGUUUCUUCCAAUCAGUUUGUUCUCUCCUCCUAACCCCCCCUGAGUUCCCCCAACACACCCUCUUACCUAUUCAGGCGUUCAGGUUUCCGCGGUAACGGAGUGACCUCAGAUCUGUUGAGAGGAAAUCUUAUUUAAACCCAAAAAUGUUCCAUGUUUGCCCCCUCCCCUAUCACACGACAUAAAGGCAAUCCAUGCAGGCAGAAGCAAUCAGUCAUUCAGAAGUUUGAAUGCUCUUAGCCCCCCACCCCCACCCCGUGUGAUGUAUAUUGGAACCCCCCCUCCCCCUGGACUCCUGUGCACAUUUUGCAUCCAUUGCUGCCUAACAGCACCAGAACCAUCUAUUUAAUUCUCUCCUGGCUGUGGGACUCUAGAUGUUGAACUGCAUGGACGUCCUGGAUCUCUGCAGGAUUCAUUAGCAGCUGUGUGAUUUUUACACAAAAAUAAAAAGUGACAUUAUUUUA